UACCCUUAUCUUAAAUUAUAAGAAAGUAUAAAUACGAAAAAAUAUGUUUAGAACGUAAAAAAUCAAAAUGAAUUCUUCAAUACUGGUCUUUUUUGGGUAUUUUCUUCUUGUUAAUUCACUUCCUUCAAAUUCCACGGCUGAUUUGAAUAUUGAGAGUGGUAAUUGCUCCAAUACCAAUCCAGAAAAUAUGGUACAUAACGCCCAUGUACAUAAACAAGCUAUACCUUUUAUAGUACGAGACGUUUCCGACGAAUGGUACGGCGACGAAACAAUUUACUGCGUCAGGGCUAUAAGUCUGAAGGAUAAAACGGAAGGUUCCACUGCCUGGAUUACGGAUGGAGGUGUAAAUCAUAGUUAUGUUUCAAUAGAGAUGCAAUCUGGUAGAGGAAAAGGCUUAGAAUAUAACAUAACAGUGUUUGCUGUAUAAAUAAUAAUGAGAUGGUAUUUUUUUAUAAAUUUAUAUAUGUAUUAAAUAAAUGUAUUGAAAUUUA